ACAUUUCCCAUACACGUACGCCCUCAUCAGUAUGGAAGCCGGUCAGUCCAAAAAUAACAUUGACAUACUGGCUUGUCUGCCACUGUUGCUCUUAAAGGAGACGUACCUCAUUCGAGGGUACUCCCGGUCAAACAAAUAAGAGGUAUGCUAUAGCUUUAAGACCUAAAUAAUACUGCAUAUAUCUAAAAUAAUAUGCGUCAUUAAACAUAUCUAUUUUAAACAGGCUAUUUUGCUAUUUAUGCAGUGGCAAAAAAAAAAAAAAGGCCGUUGGCCAAGCUAACAUAUCUUGAGCCGGCUCUGGCCUUGUACACUGGGCCUUCAUUGUGAAUGCUCAUAAGUAACUAGGCUUAAGUAAUAACUAAAGUCGGUAAGGCGUAUAACUGUACGAGCGAAAUGGAGUCUGGGAAAGACGAGGUUUCAGACACUGGUCCUAAAACUCGGACGCCCGCAGAGUCGACAGCGGCCUCGAAAGCAUCCGCGGACUCGACUGAGCGCUCCUGCGGUAGAGCCGGAAGUAAAAGGCGGACGAAAACAGCCUUUUCCUCCCCGGACUCCGAUGAGAGUCGUUCCGUCACCUCAGACUCUGUGCGUGUGUUACGACCAAGGGGAGCUGGAGCAGGUUCGACCUGCGAGUCCAGAAAUAUCGCUUGCAAGAAAAAAGCGACCAGUCCACGCGACGCACGCAGUCGACCUGCAGGAUCACGCACCAGAAACACACCUGUCAUGCAAAGUGCAAUAAAGAAACCUACAACCAGUCGGGCAGCCACAAAAACACUUGGACCAAAGCUUCCCAAAACUAGAAAAGGUGGGGGGAAACCUUCAACCAGGGCCUCACACACAUUAUCAGCAGCAACAUGCAAGCCCAAAGCAGAAUCAGGGGCGUUUUCAUGUGUGAAGUACACUGGUUCUGUGAAAGAAAGCGAUGGCAGCGUUGCAGAUCCAGACGUGGCUCUCAAGGAGGACCUUGCAUUAAGGGAUGAUCAAAAUGACCUUGUCAAAACUGAGACAAAGACGAAUAAAUCAAAGCGCCACACAACAUCACAACACAAAGAAUUAAAGAAAGAAGAGUCAGAGAAGGAGGAAGAAGAUUGUGGCAUUAAAAAGGAAGAAACCACCAGGAAUGUAGCUCAGGGUCAAGAUGGAGUCAUUGGCACUGAUCCCGAGCCAGUCAGGAAACGAGGUAAACGAGAUGAUCGAUCCCCUCGGCAGCCAAAACGAAGGAAAAAGCCACCAGUGCAGUACGUCCGCUGUGAAAUAGAGGGCUGCGGUACUGUCUUGGCCCACCCACGCUAUCUACAGCAUCAUAUAAAAUACCAGCACUUGUUAAAAAAGAAGUACGUGUGUGAUCACCCCUCAUGUGGGCGCUUGUUUCGCCUGCAGAAGCAGCUGCUGCGCCACGCUAAACAUCACACAGAUCAGAGGGACUUCAUCUGUGAGUAUUGUGCUCGGGCCUUCAAGAGCUCCCAUAAUCUGGCUGUGCACAGGAUGAUCCACACAGGAGAGAAGCCAAUACAGUGUGAAAUCUGCGGCUUCACCUGCCGCCAGAAGGCCUCCUUGAACUGGCACAUGAAGAAGCAUGAUGCAGAAGCCUCCUACCAGUUCUCUUGUUCCAUUUGUGGCAAAAAGUUUGAGAAAAAGGACUCUGUUGUUGCCCAUAAAGCCAAGACCCACCCUGAGGUGCUCAUAGCAGAAGCCUUAGCCGCCAACGGAGGAGAAGUAAUAAGCACACCCACCCCGGUCCUCGAGACUCUUCCAGCAGUCAUCCAGUCUGAGCAGCCUUCAUUCAGCCAGGAGAGCUGCUCAGUAAUAAGCACUACCACCCCGGUCCUCGAGACCACUCCACUACUCACUAAGCCUGUGCAGCCGUCUGUUAGCCAGCAGAGCCACAAGGACCAAAAGAGUCAGGAGAGCCAGGAAGCGGCAAGCGGUGGGCUCACUCCACUGCAGCAGGUGGUGCUCCCAAUUGCUCCACAGUCUGAACAGGAUGUAUCUCAAGGACAGUUUCUCCAACUGCCCCGCAUGGUGCAAGUUUCACAUCAGCAGCAGGGCCCAACCUUGAUGCACCUCUCCAGCGCCAGCUAUCCUCAGCUCAUCCAGCUGUCCACUCUUCCGGUUAGUGCAGUCACAUCCGUGGCUUGUGUGGAACCCCAGAGCACGCUCCUCACCCUGAGCUCCGUCACCACCCUGGCCUCCACAGCAUCUGUGGCUCCCCAGCAGGCCGUGCACUGGGGGAGGGAGGGGGACGCGGAUGCGCAAAUUUGCGGAGAGGGUGAUCUGUGGGAAAGGGUGGUGGUGGAAGGGGGCGGACAGGAUGUAGGGGAAAUGAUGUGGGGGGGUAACACGGAGAGGAGGAAGGAAAAUGAAGGCAUUGUUUGGGAGAGGGAGGGAGAGCGGCUGUCACAGUGUGCGGAUGUAGGUGGAGACAGUUUGAUCUAGAUGCAAAGAGGGCGAAAUGAACUGAAGGGCGACUUUAUGUUUAUGAAGGAAACGCACAAUAAAAAGGAGGCUUUUAUUCCAAUAAAACACUGAAACACUUGAAAUGCAUACAUGAUGGAUAUUUAAAAUAAUAGAAGCUGUCUAUGUAAUCUAUAUACAGUCACUUUCAGUACAGAGCUACUUUGUAUCAGGGAGUUGUUGUUGUUUUUAAUUAAUACAAUGGGUUGCAUACUUUUUGACCACCUAAUUUAUCAAUUUUGGAGUUUGUCAUGUAAUUUCGAGAUCAAAUGAUUGUACGUUAUGCACAAGAAGAUCACAGCUUAUUUGUAUUUCCCUGUAGUAUUCCUGUUGUGUUGAUGUGUGUCCUUUUGAAUGGUGAACUAAUGAGAAUUACAAGGUGCAAUUAAUCCUCCAACUAUAAAAAACAACCAUACCUGA